CACAGAGAGAAAACACGACCAAAAUGGACUCCGUGUGAUGGAGGACAACGCCUGUCAGGAUUAGCCGCUUCUUUAACGUUAACCGGUUCGCUAACGUGUCAGUGAACGACUCCUUAAGUUUAUUGAAACCAUGGAGGAACUCUUUAGCAAAGUGUUACAAGUGAACGUGAGGUGCAGGGACUGCGAGGAGAGGAAAGCAAAUAUCCGUGUCACCAUUGAGCUUCAUUCGACAACAAGUCCGGUACACAAAAGGGAUCUACUCGUAAGACUAACAGAUGAUACAGAUCCAUAUUUUCUCUUCAACCUCUCUAUAUCAGAGGAAGAUUUCCAAAGUUUGAAGGUCCAGCAGGGGCUACUGAUCGACUUUGCCUCAUUUCCUCAGAAGUUUAUUGACCUGCUUAAUCUGUGCUACUCUGAGCAAGAGUCGGACAAUCCGAGGUUUCUCCUGCACUUGUCAAGUCAGUCUCCAGUGCUCGAGGGCCCUGCCAACUUCAGCGUUGUAGAGACAAACGCAUUCAAACACCUGAACCACUUGUCUUUACGUCUCGUUCAAGGCUCAGACAAAGAGAUUAAAGACUAUCUGGCAGUGUGUCUCUCCUCUCUGAAGGCAGAGAAGCAGGCCCUCGAGACGAAGCUUAAGAAGACUGAAGAUGAUCUGUCCAGGCAGCUGAGUUAUGCCCAACAGACGCUGUCUGAAAAGACCAAAGAGUUGGACAAACUGCGUUCAGAGUGGACGAGUCAGAGCAGCUCGCUGUCCAGCCGUCAUUCUCAGGAGCUACAAUCAGAGAGAGAGAAGUCUGUAGAGUUACAGAGCAGGCUUCAGCAGCAAACCGAGCAGCUCCGCCACGAGCUGGAGAGCGCUCAUAAGAAGAGCAGCCAGCAGCUUCAGAGCAGACUGACGGAGCUGGAGGCCUCCUGCAGAGAGCUGACAGAGAGGAAAUACAAGAACGAGUCUGCCAUUAGGGACCUGAAGAUUAAACUCGCGGGUGCAGAGGAGGAGUGCCAGCGUUCGAAGCAGCAGGUCCUGUCUCUCAGGAGGGAGAACAGCACUCUGGACACAGAGGUCCAUGACAAGGAGCGUCUGGUGAGCCAGCUGCAGAUGAGAGUGGCCGUUCUGGAACAGGAGAGCAAAGACAAGGAUCAGCUCAUGCGACGCACUAAAGAGGUGCUGGAGGCCACUCAGCAGCAGAAGGAAUCCGUAGAAGAAAAUGCUGAAAGUAAAGAACUUCAGAUUAGAAAACUUGAGGCAACAGUGAAAUCGCUGUCUGAGGAGCUGAUUAAGGCUAAUGGUAUCAUUAAGAAGCUGCAGGGGGAGGUCCGAGGCCUGGUUGGAAAAAUAAAAGUCAAAAACACUGUGACUGUGUCGCAGGAGAAGGUCCUCCAAGACACCACAGAAAAACUGAAGACUGUUGAGAAGGAUCUGCAGAGCGCUCAGCAGCAGCUCAUCACCAAGGAUGAGCAGGUUUCCAAACUAAAGGAGCAGCUGGAGACGACAGUACAGAAGCUAAAUGAAAGCAGAGAGGUGUUAAAAACAAAUGAGAAUGUUAUAAAUUGGCUUAACAAGCAGCUAAAUGAAAAGCAGCUGACCAGAAAGCCUCCUGAAUGUGUGGACACUCCUUCACUUAUACCCGCAACAACAGGACUGAGGGCGCAGUUUUAUCCUCAGACAGUCAGACCUGCUGAUGUCACUCCUGCUGAGCAGAGAUCAGUGCCGACAGCCGUCAGACAGACCAGAGACUCCGCGGGUCUGGAUUCAAAGUACUUUGAGAGGAGAGAUGACAGCAUCCCAAUCUAUGGUCUGUCGUCUAAUCUGCUUCACAAAGAGUUCCCUCAGAGAGCUAAGCCCUCUAUAGCCUCUGCGUACUUCUCUGCAUGAAGCAGAAUGGCUUUCGUUUCAACUCCAGGUGAAAGUAAAAUCAUCUGAUUCUCAUAAUACACUUUUUGUCUUCAGCUUGUGUAUAAACUGUUACGGACUUGAUGUGUUGAAGACGCUUGUUUUUAAAUGUGUGUGCUGAUUGUUUACACGUCUUUCUUCUGAUCUGUGGUUAAAACGUGUACGUGUGACUCCAGUGAUCAUGGAGAAUGCAUUAGGUUUUAAAAUUAAACUUUUUUCCUAAUAUAUUAGAUUAAAAUUGCCAUCUUUACAUGUUUAUAUGCUUUUGUUUUUUUUAAGUUAUGAAGUGUUGUAUUUGAUGUAAAGCUUUUCCAUGCAGAUUCAAGUGCUCACUGUAUUAUCACCAAAAUUCUCCUACACACUUGGCACACAGUAGAAGUUUCAGUUGCAAUCUGCAACAUCACCACUAGAUGCCUCUAAAUCCUACACACUAAACUUUAAAUCAAAGAUAGCUUUCUUUAAAUGAAAAUAAUCCUGAACUGGAAACUACAUAAUGCAGGAAACACUGCAGUGUUAGAGUAUAAUAGACACACAUGGGUCAAUGGAAUAACAAAUACAAUUAGUUUAGCAUGUUCAUGCUCCACAGUCACGGCUGCUUAUUCAAUUUAUGGAAUUUGAAGAUAUUUAUUAUUAAUUUCAAUGCUAAUUUGAUCAGUUUAUGGAAUUUUUUUGUAAGGAAUUUGAAAGUUGAAUUGGGGGGGUCAAGACCUUGAAAGUUUUUGAAAAUAAACAUGGAUCAUUGAAAGUGCUUGAAUAUGUAUCUUUUGUGCAAGAAUGGAGACUGGAGUUUUGAUGUUGUCUGUCAUCUUUGUAACAUGGCACAACUGAAAAUAAUUCACACAUUCAAACCUCUCUGGGUCCUUGAAUUUUAGACAAUCUGGCCUAAAAUGUCCUUGAAUUUGAUGUUUAGGGGGUGGGAACCCUGAUUACAAUUUAAGGUGGAAAAACAUUAAUUAUGCCAAUGGUACACUCCAUACUGG